GUCACCCUUCGGACGCAAGGGGAUUCCAGAGAUCAAUAUAAAGCUGAAGGGUUGGCGAGAAUCAUCGUCACUCAUCCUUUGACGAAGAUCAGAGAAGGGUCUCUUCCCAGGGUCGACAUCGAACUCAUUCUCGAGACAAAAUGAUGAAGGUAAUUGUAGCUGUCGCUAUGGCAAUGCUCGGCGUCUCUCUCGCCUUUCCCUACCAGCCCGCACCGUAUCAACAGAAGCCCUUGAUGCCCUACCACUUCCAGUACGGAGUCCAGGAUCCUUAUUCCGGGAAUAACUUUGGUCGUCACGAGAAAUCCGAUGGAAAUAAAGUUUAUGGCUCAUAUUCCGUCGAUCUUCCUGAUGGCCGUAAGCAAACGGUGAACUACAAGGCAGACCAAUACAACGGCUUCGUUGCUGAUGUCACAUACAGUGGCCAACCUUAUCAUCCAGUUCACUAAUAAAUAUCUUUCAAAAAUAUUUGAAAAUAAGUUAAACCUAUUGAACCAUGAACUUCACUAGAUUGCAAUUGGGUUACAGAGGUUAUUUUUUAAAUAUAAUUUCUACAUGCUAAGGAGUAUCCUACCGCCUGGUCUGUUUCAAAUAUUGGAAAAUCACAAUUUGCAUAUUGCAAUAAAAACUGUAGAAGAAUCAACGUUGGAACACAACAUUUUGGAAGUAUCAAAGAAGAAUAGUCAUUUAAUAUAUGUUUUUACAUUAGACAACAAAUAUGAUAAAAUCUAUAAAAAAUGUCUAAAAUAAAAGAUAUAUAGCAGUAA